GAGAGGAAACAAAAAAGUGCGAUGUUGACUUUCCAAUUGAUAAUAUUUCUUUUCUUGUCCUGUUUUCUCCAUAUUGAAGGAUACCUGUUUUUCAUCAAAAGCUCUGGAUAUGAUAGCGCUUGCAUUACAAAUGAAACAGAUAUUGGGACCAUUGCGUUUGUCAAGGAUCCAGCGUUGUAUAAAGUUGAUCCAAGAGAUGCGCUCCCAUUUAAGGAUUUGAAACUAGACUCCAUCCCGUCAUUAAAUCUAUACAAUUGCGACUUAGCUGCUGGUUUUCCAAACAACUGUACAAAUUGGAAUACAGAGGACUUUGAUGUAUUGCCUAAUUUUAAUCCAGACUUGGAUGACGAAUUUGAUCCAGUAUCUGAUAUCAGAUGGCACAGAUUUCGUAAUGUUGUGACAGAUCAUCAAUUCCGUCCUGAACCAUUUUUUGUUAGAGAUCCAUUAACUCAAACCAAAGUGAGAUUUCACACGUCGGUUCUUGCAAAGGAUAGCGCUCAGUUCCAUUUUUCUCCAAGAAGUGCUUUCGAUCGUGGCUAUCUCAUGGCUGUAGAUGGAUGGUCUGAUAUAAGAACAUCCAAAUUUAGAUACUGCUCUAGCAUACCAAAAAACGACCCUGUUUCGGGCUGCACCGAGAUAAAGAGCGUUGUUCAGAAGUCAGAGUAUCUUAAAAAAGGAAAUACAUGGACGAUUUUAACUAACGAGUUUACCACCACAGAAACCAACAAUAAUAAAUUUUAUUAUCAAGAAUUUCGAUUGACAGUCAACAAUAAUUUAACAGUAUUCAACGAAUCAGACCCUAGCGCACGCGAGAUGAUGAAAUUCGUUGGUGUCAAAUCGUUUAAAGCUAAGGCCACAUUCAAGCUCCACGCAUAUAAAUAUCUGAAGCCGAAAAAACCAAACAGCAAAAUGACAACUCAGUUUACACUCUAUCCAUCGCAAACGGUGUGCUUUGACAUAAUCUACAUUGCACCAGAUGAAGGGAUUAGGCUCCAAUUGGGAAAUUCACAUCACGAAUUGGAAAAAACUCAUGCCACAACUUGGUCAACUAAAAGAAUACUUCAGCCACUAGAAGCUGGAGAGCACACCAUAAUUAUAAGUGCAAAACGCGAGAGCUCUUUAAUAGGAGGCGUCUACUUUUGUACCGGCAAGACUACGUUCAUGACAUCAAGUGAUAAACUUUCACGAUCCUGCGAGAUUUUAGGAAGAGGAAACGAUGACCUUUUCAUUACAUCCGUAACAAAACGAAAUUUUUCUAUCGACGAGCUGCAUCCACUGACAUUGGAGGAAACGAAAGCACUCUGCAAUGCAGUUCAUGAACCCGACUGUAAACAGGUCGAAAUUUGCGAUUACAAAGGAUGUUUUUGUAUAUCUGGUUACAUGGAUGAAAGUCCACAGUGGGGUAGAUGCCGAAAAAAAUGUAUAUCGCCUUUCUAUGGACCUGACUGUGCUUACUACGACCGUUACUGUAAGAAUAGACAAUUCAACCAGAAAAUAAAUCGCCAUCAUGAUGGCUUAUGCGCAAAUGGCUGUGAAAAAGAAUAUAGGAGUCCAGAUUGCAAAGAGAGGAUUCUGUACUUUCACUCGCCGCCUAACAUUACCGCAUUGGGUCCUCAUUCUGCUGAAAUAAAUUUCGGACCCAACGAUUUCCAAAAAAGCGAACAUUUCAGUCACGUUUCCGUCGCAUGCUAUUUUCGUGGAGAGGAUAGAAUCUGGCAGAAUGGUUUUGAACGUAAUUUCAGUCAAACUGAGUCUCCCAUCGUCCUAUUGGAAAACCUGGAUCCUCAGAAGGAGUACUACUGCCUGUUAAGAAUAUUUGAAAAAGACGGCCAGCGUUCAGAAAAUCAAACAAUAAGUGAUUUCCGCACAAAAUGCGUCCCGUUGAAUGAAAAGAAUUUGCGUGUCACUUUUGAAAAGCCGGCAGGAAUUAAAUUGAUGGUGUUGGGGGACCGGAAACAUUUGUGUCGUUUGGAGAAAUUUGAAAUAAUGGAAAAGGAUCGCACCGGCAAGCGUAUUUUGUUUUCUAAUUCAGGAUUGGAAAGCGGAGGGUAUCCAGAAAACCUUGAGUUCGUUUUUGAGCCUGGAAACAGUUAUAUAGUAACUAUUCUUAGUCAAGAUGAACAGGAAUACAUUAUUGAGCACAAGGAAAUUGCUGAAGGAAAUUUGUGGAUGAUUAUAACUAGCAUAGUCGCGGUUCUCAUUCUCGCUCUCGUCGCUAUCAUGAUCCUUUGGAGAAAAGCAAAGCACAGAACUAACGAGGCAAACCAAAAAUUAGUUGAAGAACCCCAGAACGAACCUGCAAACGCGGUGGAGUUAGAUUUGGUGCCUGCUCCUGAAAGGCCAGCCAUGGGCGAACCGACAAAGGAUCCAUUUAGCAAGGUGAUAAACGUCUCGGAGCUGGGCGAAUACGUGGAAAAUGCCAAGAAAAGUGGUCUCUUCAAAAGGCAGCACGAGCUGUUUCCACGAGGCCAAACUCGCCCCUGGACGGUGGGCGUCGACCCGGCGAAUAAAAAGAAAAACCGCUACGCCAACUUGGCGGCCUACGACGCUACCAGGGUUGAAUUGAAACCUUUGGCAGGCGUUGAGGAGCAAUCUGACUACAUAAACGCGAACUACAUAGACGGAUACAAGAGACCGCGAGCCUAUAUCGCAACCCAGGGGCCAAAACCACAGACAGUUGUUGAUUUCUGGCGUAUGAUUUGGCAGGAAAAGGUUGAGGCUGUCGUCAUGGUUGCCAGCCUUGUUGAGAACGGAAAGACCAAAUGCGAAAAAUACUGGCCGGAUCUACAAAAGCAUGUCCAGCACGGACCUUUGAUUGUUCAUAACACGCACGAGGAGAUAUUUGCUGACUACGUGGUCCGCACCCUAUCAGUUUCUUUGGAUAAUACUAGCCUAAAGGUUGUUCAAUAUCACUACUCGUCUUGGCCAGACCACAGCGUUCCCUUGUAUCCGCAAUCGAUUACGUCAUUUGCCAAGACACUGCUUGCUAUAAAAUCGGAUGCACCAGUGAUAGUCCACUGCAGCGCUGGAGUUGGCCGGACGGGCACUGUCAUUUUAAUAGACGCGUGUUUGCGAAUGGCGAAUGCUGAGGGAAAUAUUGACGUUCUGGGACUGUUGGCAAAAAUUCGAAGCCAAAGAGCUAACUUGGUCGACAAUGAACAACAAUUCGAGUUUGUUCACUUGGUGCUCUACGAAACACUUGUGGUGCCACAAUUCUCAAUUCCUUGCUCAGUUUUCCACAGCGAAUACGCAUCGCUGACCGAGCGAAACAACUUACGAAUAACAAAGCAAUUCGAGACACUGAACGAGAUCUGCGAAAAAGGGUGGAACAGUGGAUCUGGUACUAGUGAAUCCGUGGUUGAAGCGGACAAGUGCAGAUAUCCAGACAUCGUUGCUGCCGCGAGCCAUCUUGUGAAGAUUUAUCCCUACGGCUCAAUCAGCCGAGUGACAUUCUUCAACGGAGUGUAUGUUGAUGGAUUAAAGAAAAAACGACAGUUUAUCGCAACGCAAGCGCCUUUGCCAAACACUGUCGAACAAUUCUGGCGCUUAGUGCAACAACAUACAAUACAGUACAUUCAAGUCUUAAACAGACCUGGUCCGAUGGAGGGCUACUAUCUGCCACAAAUCGGAGAACAUCUUGCUUUUGGCGAUUUUAAAGUAACUGCGAUGAAGGAGGUUGAAACAAAACAUUGCUACGUCAAGACAGUCAACAUCGCACCAGGAAACAAUCAACCAUUCGUGGCGUACAUUGCGUCCUACAACUGGCCUGUAGGCCAAGCUGCUGGACCUGGUGCAAAAGACCUAGUCGACAUAUGGGAAUGCGCGGAAAAGUCUAACGACAACAAAAUCCGCCUUGUUGUGUGCCAUGACGGAGUGACAGCGUCAGGUCUCUUACUUGGAGUCGGAUUCGUUUUAGAAAAAAUUAAGCUGGAGCAGCAAGUAGACGCGGCUCUUGCGAUGCGCACACUCAGGCAGUCGAGGCCUAAAUUUAUUGCGCAUCAGGAACAAUUUGAGACUUUGUAUCAAGCCGCUGCGAUAUAUCUCCAAGAAUUUGAAACUUACGGAAAUUAUCAGUAGCAAUUUUGCCAAAUUUUGAGUUAUUAAUUAAAAGUUUCCAUUUUGAAUUUUAUUAUUAACUUUUAAUAAGUUGCAUACGAUUUAUAAUUUCUAUUAAAAUUAUAUAUAAAUUCUAUGAUUCUAACAAAACAUUCUACGCAAGUCGCUGGAAAAUUGGAUGCCGCACUACUUGAUCCAUAAAAAUUGACGCGGGGAGUAAAGUAUCAGAUUUUUGUCCGCAACCACGAUCUAACAGUAAAUUAUGAAAUGUAAGAGAUGAAUAAAACUGAGUUAUUUACCAAUCUGAAUAA